AAUCCUUUCCCCUUUAUAAAAUGGACAUCCCAUCUGGUAGACAAGUGAGAGAAGAAUUGUCUUCUUUCAUUUACCCAGUACAAGGCAGGCCUACUAAAGAGCAGAAGCCAUGGCAAUGAAAAGGAUUCUGUUCCUUUUGGCUGAUUUGGUGCUUCUAAAUGCUCAACUAUGCACAGAAAUUCCUAACCCUGGACUUCUAAAACAGAUUGAUGCUGGCAAUGGACUUGUAGUUGGUCUGGAGCCUACAGGCAAUGCAUUCAUGUUGAAUGGAGAAGACUGGCUCUAUUUGGCAGGAGGAAUGAAACAUGUGUCUGCUGGCAUUAGUGGCAUAUGGAUGGUUGACAAUGACAACUUUAUCUAUCGUCUGAUAGGAGGCAAUUUGGAAAAAGUAUCAGAAUCAUUCCAACAGAUUGAUGCAGGUGGAGAUCUCUUUGUGGCUGGCAUUAAAUCAAACCACCAGUCAGUAUGUCUUUCAAGUGCCGACUUCCUCACGAUGAAGCCUAGCUCCCUAGUAACCUGGAGUAAUAUGGAUCGAGAACUGAAAUAUUUGACCUGUGGUUUGAAUGGUUGCUGGGGUGUGAACAGUGCGGAUGCUGUCUAUUUUCGUAUUGGCAUCGAACCACACAGAUGCCAGGGAAACCGCUGGGACUACAUUGCUGGUACAUUCUCCAUGGUUAAGGUUGGGAGCGAUGGAAAUGUCUAUGCAGUGAAGAAAGGAGGGGAAGUCUACCACAGGGUUGGUAUCACAGACAGCAAACCUUCAGGCACCAAAUGGAUGAAAGUCAACAGCAUCACUGCCCGUGCCAAAGAUUUGGCUUAUGACCUGAAUGUUCUAUGGCUGAUCACUCAGGAUGACAAGAUUCUGCGAUGUCAGAUGUAGAUCUCCAGCACUCCUUCUUGCUUCACUUUCACGGACUUGAUUCCAAAAUGGUUGGGGUUUUGUGAUCAUUUCAUUUAAGUAUCUGUUUUCAGAUCUAAAAGGAUGGAAACAUCUGCUGCUUAUUUAGAGGAAGAUUUUGGGUCCAUUGGUUUUGCAUAGAUAGAGUUACAGUUGUUGCAACUUUGAAAAUGGGAAAAUCAACCCCCGCUGAAAGCUCUCAGGCCAAGAGGAUUUUCACACAUAGCAUGUUUUAACCUCAUUCCAGCCAUUUUUAAAGUGUCCAGGUUUUCCAGUUCAUGAUCUUGGGUUGCAUAAGACAUCCAGGCCCACAGAUCAUUGGGGAGGAGGUAUUGGCUAUGAGCACUGGGUAGGGAAGAAUGUCUGAUUCAAUUCCAUUCUGUUUCAUCCUUCAAGUAGGAGAAUUCAGGUAACCUGCUGGGAAAGGUCUUCCCACUUUUGCUCACUUCUUUUUCUUACCCCAUUUCAGGAAGGGAAUUAUGUGUCUCAGCACAGCUUUUGCUGUUGGCUAAAAGUGGUCAUCCUAUGGCUUGGUACCCAAUCUGCUCCAUAAAUAGUUCUGGAAACUAUAUUAUUUUGGUGAACAUGCUUUAGCUGUCCAGCAAAAUCACCCAGCUCUGAAUUUAAUCCAGUAGAGUUUAGAGAUAUUACUUUUUGUGACUAUAGCUUCCAGAAUCUCCCAAACAACAUGCCUUUGGCCAUUCAUAGUGGAUUCUGGUAGUCCCACAAAUAACUUUUCCAAGUUAAACUAAGAAGGGAUAAAAGAUGUUUUCAUAAGCCUUUUACUGUGCUCUUUGUGGGUUGUUUUGUUUGUGUCUUCUGUUUAUUUUGUAGCCAGUGUUUAGAUAUUUUUUGUGCCUCUUAUUUUUACAGUCCGCCCUUGCCAUAUGCAGGAGAUCCAUUCUGGACACACACACACCGCGUAAGGCAAAAAACGCAGGACCCCAAGUCCCAUUUGUAUGAAUGGGGCAUGCUCCUGCACACUGUGUGGCAUCAUGGUUGCACACUCCAUUUCAUUCUAUGGGGACUUGUCAUCCAUGUGACCUUGAAUCCACAUACGGCAAGCCCACAUAUGGUGCUGGCAUGCUGUACAUUUCUUUUUUGUCUCAUGAAUUCAAUUCCCCACCUACUGAUAUAAAGGCCAAGAUUCUACAUUGCUUCAGCAAACAUUAAUAUUCACUGACAAAGUUUUGUUAUGCAGUCCCUAUACUGGAUUCCAAUAUUGUACAACACACUUGGAUCAAUGUGUAAAGUGCAUGGCUGCCAACCCAUUGUGUAAUUGCAAUGCAAGAUGUGCAGAGACAAUACAUAGAGACAACGUAUAUUCACUUAAUGUGCUUUAAUGCACUACUGUCUACAGAGUGGACCACCAUGCACAACUCUGUUUAUAUUGCCCUCAGCUGGAUACAACUCACUGUUGAUUUGUCCAAGAAAACAAUCUGCAUGUGUAGCACAAUAUAUACCUGUGUAUGCUAUUAAUAGGAUGCAAACCUUAGCUUCUAGAAGUUAAACUUUUAUCUCUUAUAGAAAAAGAUCUUGUAGUAUCUUUGAGGUAACUGUGUGAAACACCUAGUAUAAGCUUUCCUAGACAGUCUACUUCCUCAGAUUACCUCUUACGUUUCAGACAAAGACUUUUUAUCAUUAUAAACAUUUAUUUGUUUACUGUU